AUGGCUGCCCAAGACCUUUUCCAGAGCAAGGUGGCGCACAUCGCAGUCUUGCCGGAAGACAUCUUGAUUGAGGUCCUGGUUCGAGUCCCCGCCAGGGAGCUGGUCCGCAAGUGCCGCCUGGUUUGCUUGCUUUGGAGAGACCUAGUCGACCUUCCCAGUUCAUGGAAAGUAAGUGCUAGGCGGAUGGGAAGAAGAAGAAUUUCGGAGAAGAACCCACCGGAUUGGAAGAUGCACUACUUCCUUUCCAGCCUGAAGAAGAACUUGAUCAAGAACCCGUGCGCAGAAGAAGGCUUUUGUUCCUGGGAGAAAGAAUUAAGCAUUGGGGAUGAGUGGAAGAUCGAGGACCUUUUCGGGUCCAACGUGCGGGAAAUACGCCCUUGUCCGCACGUCCGGAAAUACUUCAUCAUGUCGUACGGGUCCUGUGUCAAAAAGCAGCUCAUCACCUUGAAGAACGAAGGUUACUGGGAUCAACUGAUGGAUGAAGUGAAGCCGGAUAUUGUGGUGAAGGACUGGUACGCUGCUCGGUUUGACUGUGGCUGCCGCUACCAGCUCAGCGUGCGGCUCCUCUCAGCCGACUACAUCAUCCUCCAAGAAUUCCUCCCGGAAGACCUGAUCAUAGAGCAGUGGAGCGAUGCAGAAUGGCAAGAGGUUUCGUACACUUUCCACGACUACCCAACUGGCGUGCGCUACAUCCUCUUCUGCCACGGAUGCCAAGACAUGCAAUUCUGGACAGGCUGA